UCGAGAUGUGGCGCCUUCAUUUGUUCCUACUCCUCUCCACCUGUUUCCUGGUGCCUCACGAUGCCAAGCCCACGAAGCGAACACCAGUCGACUUUUCCUCAACCACUUUGGCCUCAUUACUCCUAGAAACGGAAUCUAGCAACGGAACUACGGAACAGGAUCAGUCUACUACUACCGAAUCGUCACCGCAGAGGACACAACGUGUUACCAAUAUUGGACGAUUGGCUUCUAAGGAUCUGGCUGAUUUGCUUUUGGCCAGCAUGCAGGCUCGUGGUGCCAAAUUGACAUCCUUCCAGGAGUCCACAAUGAAAUCGUUGCGCAGCGAAGAGACCAAGGAUAUCAAGGGCAACAAUGUCUUCCUGCAGGUUGGCAUGGAUGUGAUUAUUGACAUUUUGAUCGGAGCUCGUGAUAAUGCCACGUGUGGCAGGAUUAUCAAGGAUAUUGAACAGUCGCUGGAUAGGAAUAGCCUAACUUUGACUCUUAAGUCCUUCAUGGCUUUGUGUUUCUUCAAUGGCAUUGAGUGUGCCAAAGAAGAAGUUGGUCAGGUGAUCAAGAGCACCCAUUUGCGUCAGCGACAGCAUGCCAAGAACUCUCAGGAUGACCAACAGCAACAGGCGGAGGGUUCAGGUCUUCGUACCGCUCGUCGCGUGGGCGUGGUCAAAGACGAUCGCCAAACUGUACUGAAGUUCCUGCAGGCACGCAACAUCAACGAGCUGAGCUCCAUCCUAAAUACCCUGCUGCAAGUAUGCGGAGCUUCUGGCAACGAGGCACACAAGAUCAUCAGAAACUUAAGAGAGAUGGGUCCCGACAGCGUCAGUUUGCUGCAAGUGAAUGCUUUUAGCAUGCUUUCCGUUUCCCUGCUCGACAGUUUGUCCACCAUUGCCGAGGGCAAGACGAGCGGCUUAUGCUCUGCUGGCCCGGAAAGUUGGAUCGUUCGCCUGCUGGCCAUGGGUGUGGACAAGGUGGUACUUAUGGGUCUAAUGACCGCCCUCGAUCGCACCAUUGUCUCCUCUUCUACAUCCGCUGAAAUGGCCAAUGCCGCUGCUCUGAAUAGCAUUAAUGGUGGAGACCUCAAUGAUAGCCAAAAGUCAGCGGCCACCGCAAAGCGAGCUAUAUUGGACUCAGGAGUGGGUAAUGAUUUCAACUUGGCUCCUUCCGUCGAGGAAAUUGGCAACUUAAACACAGUUAAUGAUCUGAUCAGUGCCAACGUGCCCGUAGGAGCUGAUCUGCCUGUGCUGAGUACCAUUGAUGGUUCUGGUUUUACCGGCAACGUUCUUAAUCAGGGAACCGAUGUUCUUGUCAAGGGACAAGGAAACACUUUCAAUCGCUUAUUGGGUGCCAAAGUUCCUGUCCUAGCCACUGCUCCGAUAUUGUCCAGCAUUAACAAUGAAGGUUCAUCAUCUAGUUCUUCGGGAACUCCAUCUAGUUCCUCUUCCUCCUCGAGUCCAUCCACCAGUUCGGGAUCUACAUCUUCUGGUUCAACCAGUUCGGGAACUUCUUCUGGCACUGGCUCUGGUUCUAGCUCUUCGGGAAGUACCUCCGGCGCGGGUAACAACUUCAACUUGGCUCCUUCCGUCGAGGAAAUUGGCAACUCCAACACAGUUAACGAUCUCAUCAAUGCCAAUGUGCCAGUUGGCGCUUUCCUGCCUGUCAUAAGUAACAUUGAUGGUUCUGGUUUUACUGGAAACACUCUCAAUCAGGGUUCUGAUGUACUGAUCAAGGGACAAGGAAAUACUUUCAAUCGCUUAGUGGGCGCCAGGAUUCCAGUCCUAGCAAAUGCUCCGAUUUUGUCUUCUAUUAACAGUGGCAGUUCUACUGGCUCCCCUUCAGCGAGUCAAUCAAGCGGCUCAGGAUCUUCUGGAACUACCACAACUGGAACAUCAGGAUCUAGUGGCUCUUCUAGUUCUACUACCAAUUCCAAUUCUUCAGGCAGUCCUAGUUCUCUCACUUCUUCUGUAAUCGGCAAUAAUGUGAAUGUUAAAGGCGAUUCCAUUACUGGCAAUCAGAACUUCCUUUUCAAGCUCCUCGAUCUCGGACUGCCUAUUUCCCUGGCUGCUCCCGUUCUUAGUAUCAUAAAUCAGGGUUCUUCGACGGGUUCUACCACUUCUUCGAGUGGUUCUACAAGCGGUUCUUCAACUGGCUCUUCGACUGGCUCUUCAAGUGGCUCCUCCUCAAGUGGCUCUUCAAGUGCCUCUCCUAGUACUUCUUCAGGCAGCUCCUCUACAGGAUCUUCAGUCGGAAAUAAUGCCAACAUCGAUCCCAGUGUUGAUAUCAUUGGUAAUAACAACGAGGUUACCAAAGUCGUCGACGCCAAUGUUGAUGUCUUGGCCAAUGUCCCUGUUUUGAGCCAAAUAACUGGAACUGGUUUUGCCAAUAAUCUCAAUCAAAAACCCGGCGUACUUAUCAGAGGUGAUAAUAACACGGUAACUAAGGUUGUAGAUGCCAAUGUCCCCGUUUUGGCCGCUGUUUCGGCGAUCAGCAGUAUCACUGGUGGUUCUUCUACUAGUGGAUCCUCUGGCAGUGGCACCUCUUCAUCGACAUCUUCAGGACCUUUGAGUGCUCUGAGUGGCCUUACAGGAAGUUCAGGAUCUGGUUCAUCUUCCAGUGGCCUUCUUGGAGGUCUUCUUGGCGGUUUGGUGCCUGCUGUUGGCGGUGUUCUGAACACAGUGGAGCCCGUUGUUGGCGGUGUUCUGAACACAGUGGAGCCCGUUGUUGGCGGUGUUCUGAACACAGUGGAGCCCGUUGUUGGUGGCGUUCUGGGAGUAGUGGAGCCCGUUGUUGGUGGCGUUCUGGGAGCAGUAGAGCCCGUUGUUGGCGGUCUAGUCGGCACAGUUACCAAUACAGUUGGUGGCCUUUUGGGCGGUGCUACAGGCAGCUCUUCCAGUUCUUCCGGUUCUUCAAGUUCCUCCAGCCCUCUUGGCGGUAUUACCAAUAUUUUAGGUGGUGGAUCCUCCGGUUCCUCCAUAAUUGGAAACAGUGCCAGCAGCGGUCCUGAAACCUUAGUCGUUGGCAACAGAAACAACAUCGUCCGCUUGGUGGAUGUCAAUGGAUUGGUCCUGGCCGACAUUCCCAUAUUAAGCAGCAUCACAAAUCUACUUGGUGUUGGUGGACUGAUCGGCAACUCAGCUAACAAGGGUCCCAAGACUGUGGUUAUCGGCGACAACAAUCGUAUUGUGAAGCUGAUUAAUGUUGACCUGUGGGUUCUGGCCUUCCUCGAUGUCCUUAACAUUAUCCGCGGAAGUGGUGGCGUCUGCAAUCAGCUUAACUCUGGACCCAACACUGAAAUCAUUGGCAACAACAACGAUGUGGUUCAGUUGGUCGAUGUUGACUUGAGUGUCCUGUUGGUUGUCGAUUUGCUGAGCCACUUGAUCACCACUGUGGCCAAUGAUUGUGGCAGCACCACUACAGUAGCGCCCACUACCGAAACACCCACUGCUCAACCUCCAACUGUUCAACCACCCACAGCUCAACCUCCCACUGCACAACCACCCACUGCUCAGCCACCCACUGUUGAGCCUCCAACAGAGAUACCACCCACCUAUGGACCACCCACCAAUGAACCACCCACCAACCAGCCUCCCACCAAUCAGCCUCCCACCAAUCAGCCUCCCACCAAUCAGCCUCCUACCAAUCAACCACCUACCAAUCAGCCUCCUACCAACCGACCACCCACAAACGCACCACCUACCAAUCAGCCACCCACCAAUCAACCUCCUACCAAUGCACCACCCACCAACAGGCCACCCACCGAUCAGCCACCCACCAACCGCCCGCCAUCGCCCAGUCCCAAUAACUGCUAUCGCCGCUACUGCCGCAAGUGGCGCACUCGUCCCAGCUAUUUGUGCUACAAGAACUGCGGCGGUGCCUACACCUACAAGCCCUAAUAAGAUUGCCAAAAUGCACCACAUUGGUAAUAAGCAGCCAAAGAGCCACCAAAACCAUUGGCCAAACAGCUUUUCAAUCUUGUUAUGCGUGGCAUUGCCAGCCUCCCUGCCUCUGGGCAUUUAUUUAUUUUUAAUACUCUGUAAGCAAAAUUUGUUUAAUUUAUUUGAAAUAUAUAGAAAGUGAAUUAAUAAUUCUUGGUUGUUUGAAUUUUUUAAGUAGUUCAUAAUAUCUUUUGCAGUCAUAUUUACAAUCUAUCCCAAUUAGUUGCAUAUAACCCACCAUUACGCCUCAUUUUAUUCACCCAUCGCGAGCAAUUACAUUAACCCCGCCCC